AUAAAAAUUGAGGUUAUAUUCUAACCUAAAUUUAGUUAUCAAAAUAAAUAAUGGAAACGAAACUUUUAAAAGACGAAUAUCACCAUAAACAACGUGCAUUGUGUAAAACCCGACCAGUUUAUCGUCAAGGAAGAAAAUUAACCGCUGUAAAAACAUACACGGUAAAUAAUGAGUCUCAACACUUAUUUAUUUACGGAGUACCCCAAAUUAAUUUACGCAACGAAUUAAAGGUGUUGUGUCGUAAAUACGGGGAAAUACUAUCUAUACAUAUUACAAACGAAUAUAAAACUGAAGCUUUCACCGAGUGUUAUCAUGUAAGAUAUGAAAGAAUACAAUCAGCAAGAAUUGCAAAGAGAUUUUUAGAUAAUAAAUCAUUUUACGGUGGGAUACUUCACGUUUGUUACGCUCCUGAAUAUGAAAAUGUAGUGGAAACUCGAACGAAAUUAAUGCAAAGGUUUAAAGAUGUUCUAUGUCGAGUUGGGUUUGGGUAUCAGAAUAAUAAUGAAAGGAAAACAGUGUUUCAGAAAGAAAAUUUUAAAAGAAAGUUUGAUGAUACAAAUAAAAUUCAAAAGGAUUCAAAUAAUUUUAAGACUUUCCCUAAAAAGUUUAAAAAUGACGCGAAAAAGACAUGUUUUAUACCAACAUCCGUAGUUAGAGCAAAUAUAGAUAAUAAAUUGAUUACUGAAAGAGUCAUUUAUAAAAAUACAAAUUCAAAAACUUUGUGUAGAUUUAAUAGUGGUAAAUAA